CCUUCGUAUACGGUAUACCCCCACCGAGGCAAAUUCUAUCAGAACUGAUCAAAUCCAACGGUAUUGGUGGGAAACGUGAGAAACAACCGAUGGGUAAGAGCAGCGGCUGCAAUCGUGUCCGCGGCAAACGUCAGAAAUUGAAGCCGGAAGCGGAGUGCAAAGUUGGAGGUGAGAGCAGCGGCGGCAAACGUCAGAAAUUGAAGCCGGAAGCGGAGCGCAAAGUUGGAGGUGAGAGCAGCGGUGGAGGAUCAUCGUGGGGAAAAAACAAAUGCGUUUCUCCACCACCACCAGCUGAAAAAACAUUUCUUCCUCCGAGGCUGGGUCUCAAGGAGUCAGGGACUUAUGAGGAAUUUAUCAGGAAUGCCCAAGCAAGAACUCGCGCUCGCCGUUGUAAUCCUUAUAUUGGUUUCGAGCCAUUCGGCGGCGAAAAGAUGGCCGACGAGAGUACCAUUGAACGGUACCUCGAACAGAUCGAGGAGAGCGAUGGUUUUGACAUAGAUGUUUUUCCGGGUGGUCCUGAGGCUAUCUAUGUCCCCAUUAGAAAUUUUAAGAAUGAUCCUCAACUUUACAAAGAUCUCGUUGAAAUGGCUAUCAUGGCACUUAAAGAGUUCAAUGAUAAGAACAAAGAUACCAAGGGUGUACCAUUUGGGUUUAAAGAUAUUGAGAAGGUAACUUCAUACAUGUGUGCUGGUGAGGUCUUUCACAUUACCUUCCAAGCUGAAGAGGCUGAAACUGCUGAGCUCAAGACCUUUCAAGCUAAGGUUUAUGAACGUAUCUGGGAGGACCAAAGAAUGGUUAUGCUCGUUAGGCUGAAAAAAAUACUAGAUUAAUGAUAGUGUUGGAUGAUACAAGCACAGACUGUUCUGUCCCUCUCUGUAUUAAUGCAUUUACAUGUCGAGUUUCUGUCUAAUAUGUCGUCGUCUUAGUAUGUUUAUGCCUUUUCUGUAGUAUGACGACUUAUUCAGUCUAGUACCUAAGACUUAAGAUAACUGGGUGCCGUUGCCCUUUGAGAUGAAGUCUCUCAAACAUUGUGACCCGAGAGUGUCAUAUAUGGAGCUAUUGUGGGUGCUUGUCUUGACAGUUUAA